GAGUGCGUGUCCGAGGCAGGGACGUGCGUGAAGCUCUUUGCCUUCAUUAUGGAACGACACUUGAGGAGAACUUGUCUGUCAGCCGUUUCUCCGAGAUCACCGCAAUCCCUCCUGGCUGCUGGAGAAUGAGAUCUUGGCUCCGUGGACUCCUGCUCUGAUUGGUUACCUCACUUUGGGUUCCCCCUCCCCUUCCAGACUCUGCUCGCGCUCUCUUCCCCUUUGCAACUAAACCAGUCCAUAGUAUCUUCAGGCUUACCUGAGCCACAGCUGCAGGAACACUGGACCCCUCCUCCACAUGCACGCACACACACACACACACACACACACACACACACACACACACAGGUAGCCAGGCACCCCGGCCGGCAUCUCCACCAGCAGAUGUCAUCUUCACAUGAACCUCUGUGAGUUGCCUCCUGGAUUGUGGAGGACGUCUCUGCGGACGGACUAUUGAUCACUGAGGGACGAUACGGGGGCGCCAGAGCCGACACGCAGCAUGAUAUUGGGAGGUAUAAAUCGUGCCGGGGCAACGGUGCCAACAUUCCUGCGAACGCCAACGGUGAUCCAGCCCCACCUGGACAUGAAGCCCUUCCUUCAGUUCCCCAUGGAUACGCCCCCCCCACACAGCAUGAGCCUCUUCCACAACUUCAGCACAAUGGACCCGGUGCAGAAGGCUGUGAUCAACCACACCUUUGGAGUUCCACUGGUCAAGACCAAGCGGCCGGUCAUUUCCUGUAACGUCUGUCAGAUCCGUUUCAACUCCGAGAGUCAGGCAGAAGCCCAUUACAAAGGAAACCGCCAUGCCAGGAGAGUCAAAGGCAUUGAGACCUCCAAGAGUCGCUGUCAAGAUGGGGACAAGCCCUCACAGACCGUGACCCCCACCGCCUCGCCGUCUCCUCCCGGAGCCCUGGAACGUGGCGCUGAGAGCGAGCCCAGUAAACAAGAUGAAACACCGUCACUGCUAAAUGGGCCCCUGCUGGCCCCUAUGAGCACCCCCCCUACCCCACCCAUAGACUCCCCCGCGGCAUGCCCCCUCCUGCCUACGCCCACCCCUCCCAAUAGCUCCACUCCUUCCUCCUCAACGGGCUGCAACCCCCCCAACUCAGACCAACCCUCGGCCUCGGCGGCCAUCGCUAGCUCGGCCGGCCCGGAGACGGAGGAGGACAAAGCAAAGAAGCUGCUUUACUGCUCCUUGUGCAAAGUGGCUGUCAACUCCUUGUCACAGCUGGAAGCUCACAACAAAGGUACCAAACACAAAACCAUCUUGGAAGCACGAAGCGGGCUGGGCCCUAUCAAGGCUUAUCCACGUCUGGGCCCCAAGCUCAGUGGGGAGCAGGGAUGUGGGCUGUUGGAUCCAAACACUCAGGAAAGAACCUUCCACUGUGAGAUCUGCAAUGUGCGGGUCAAUUCUGAACUACAGCUCAAACAGCACAUAUCAAGUCGAAGGCACCGGGACGGCAUGGCAGGCAAGCCCAAUCCCCUCCUCAGCCGGCACAAGAAGCACCGGGGAGCUGAUCUGACGUCUUCUCUGACCUUCUCCAAGGAUCUCACCAAAGCUUUGGGGGCAGGACUUCUGCCCAGUCCCUUAGCUGUUGCCGCGGCAAUGGCCGCUGCCGCUUCCACGAACCCGCUGGCUCUCCGUGCGGCAGCUCCUGCGCCGCACCCGCACCCCCACCCGCACCACCAUCUACUGCAAGGACCGACUCUCAGCCAUGCUAUCCUGAGACCCGCCCCCGGGCCCAUCCGCACCACCCACGGACCCAUCCUCUUUUCCCCUUACUGACAUGUCAUGGCUGGGAUCAGCAACCCAAAAGCACACUGUGAAGAUACAAACCUGAUCCACAGACGGCAACUGAUCCAAACUUGGGGGGUGGGGGGCUGGGGGGGGCAAUGUCUAGAAGUACAACUUUAAAGCUCUCGUAUUUCCCUUUACCUGAAACUCUUCCUUCAUUCAAAGACUAGUCAGAAGCCUGCAGAUGGAACGGGCAGAGAAUAGAUAAUCAUGAUCACUGAACUCCUCGUACGUCCUGUCACUGUGGCCCCGCCCACCAUGAUGACCACAGAAACCACGCAUAUCUCGGCCAUCUUUGUUCUUCUGUCCCCAUAAAAAUAUGCACUUCCAAAAACAACAAUGGCGUUUUGUGGCUAGAGUAGCUCUGUGCGCUCGUGUACUUAGUGCUGGUUGGAGGUCUUCUCCAACGUUGGUCAUAUCUGCUACCAAGCUAGUGGCCAUGACCUGAGAAGGUGAGGUGAGAGUUAGAAGACCAGAGUCGUUGGAUGGCUCCACCUUGGUAAAGCAUACAGAAACGCAGGAAUAGAUUGUAGAGGCAAAAACCUUUCAGGAGUAGUUUGGGAGCUCCAGUAGGACCAUCAGUGUUCACGUGAUGCUGGUUGACGUAGUAGAUGAUUUGUUGAGCUUGUAUACUGUAGAGCUAAUUGAUACCCAGCAUGAUUGGCUCGGGAGUAGAAAAUAAAACACAUCUUAAGAGCAGCGAAUGUGGACCAUCUCAUCCGGCCAUUAGUCCAGUGCUUUUGACGAUAUGCUAUUUAUGGAAUUAAAUAGUAUGGAAUUAAUUCCAUAACUAUUGUACUAAGCAGCCAGAUAUUGAUGCUAUAUUUUCAAGUUCCAUUUCUAUUUCCAAAAAUAUUUAUUCAUCCUCGCUGUGGUACAAAUUUGAAGGUUCCGCUUUGCUUCGUGAUGCACCUUGGGGAGAGUUCACAUCAGGCUUACACGAUCCUCGGUCCACCAUCAUUAAUCCACACCGUGGGUGGCGAGGUUCCAUCUUGUGUGAGCUUAUGGAACCAAGUUUGCGUCAAACUCGUGUCCUCGAGUCCUUAUCCAUUUUCUCGCUCCUCGCCUCACCUUCUUCUCAAGGUUCACAUCAAAAAGAGGACACAUAAUAUUGGAAGCUAGCGCUACAAAGAAAGUUGAUGAAUGGAGCAGGGAUGGAGUUGAACCCCAGCGUGGUCCCCUCAACACGUUCUAUUUAGAAACAAAAGCCAUAAAACACACCAGGACUUGUUUUCUUCCACAAAGACUGCUUUGGUUUGACUUUGGCAUGAAUCCACGCAGAGAGUGGUGGUCCGCACUGUGGACCACCUGCAGACUCAGGAGUCACGACGGAUGCCGCAGCUGAGCUAUGGAGAUGUACACUGUGCCCGUUCAUGGGGAAGCAAAGAGCUCUAACGUCUUACCUUAUGUCUGAAUAUUGCAAUGCAAUGAGCAUUUUUGAAUUGUUAUCAUUGUGACAUUGUUAUAUGUUGUAUGGAAUUAUACGUUGGAGCCAGCAAACACACUUUUUGCUUUUUCCAUCCUUAGAAAGAGAUAAAGGUGGAUUUGUUUUCAGGGGUGGACCCUUCAUAUUAAAGGGCCUUUUAUUUACUUGGGUUAUCUCUGCUUGGGGAACAGGGUACAACGCCGGGCAUGGAGAGACACAUGUUGUAGGCUAGUUAGUUCUGAGGACCAUGAUCAAUGCCGUUACUGCAAGAGGGGGCUGGCCUUGUGUGUCCUUGUGUCCACCAUCGUGCUCUUUUUUUUUUGCAAGUAAGGAAGUAUUCCAGGGUCCGUGCUCUCCUUCCUGUUGGUGUGCGUAACAUGUGUUCUAAUGUGUGUUGGUACCUGCUCACUCCCACGUCCGGUUCCAAAGUGGCCUAACACGGGGCUGGAGAAGCUAACCUUACAACUUCAUCUAGUGGACUGCAAUCUGUCAGGUAGUGGCGCCACAUUUGAAGCGCUCAUAAUUAUCAUAAUUCACAAAUGGGAGGAAAUAUUCCAUUCUUAUUUUUGGCGCAGGUGUUUCAUGUUAGCUGUGUGUAGGCUACUAGCCUUAGCCUUAUUGUGCCCUCAAGUCUCUCCUGCGGCAGAGGGCGAGACAAGAGAGGCUAUGAUCUAACUUUGUCUUGCCAAUAAAGUUAUUUUGGAAUUUCAUUGUCAGACGGACAAAGAGUUUGUAUAGUGAACUGUAGCAAUACCUGACUCAUUCUGGCUCUUCUUGUUUCUUGCAAUAGGAGAAUGAACAAUACAUGUGUUUGUGUAUGACUAAAUCAUUGCUAUAAAUGUCAUUUAAAAAUGAAGAACAAACUUUAUGGUCAAUAAUGUUGGUAUCGAGGGACAUCAUGUUGGAGAAAAGUAACU